AUGCCUGGGUUCCACAUUCAUGCCAACCCCCUUGCCCAGUAUUCCAUUCCUGGCAACGAUUCCCCGCACUCAAAUGUCCAUACAGUGCCCCAUGGCCCCCGCCCCAUGUCACCCGUCAGCACCGUCCAUCCAGAAACUGACUACCUGGCGAGAAGGCAGCUCAACGCGGCUCAAAAUAGACAAGUUCUGGUACUGGCGGCGCCUGCGUCAGGGAAGAAAAAGAACUGGCCUGUGUGCCAGCCAGUGACUUACCACAACAUUGAUGUGGAGAUCCCGGAGGGGUUGCGUUCGGUCGUGCGGACAGCCUACGCCACGUGGUGCAUCACUGCGGCAGGCUUCGUGACAAACUGGCUGACUGUGACAGUAAUGAUGGCUUGGGGGGCAGGAGGUGUGGACUCUCUGGACUGGGUGCUUGCCAGUGUUGCAUCUGGGGUAGGCGUGCCCCUGUCGUGGAGGAUGUGGUACUGGAGGCUGUACAAGAGUGCCAGGUCUGGAGGACGCAUGGAUAGUGUCGCCUUUGUCGUGCACGUCGCGUUUGCCAUCGCCUGGUCGCUGUGGACGUUCGUCAGCGUACCACAACUGGGUGAGUGCUGCUUCUGGCAUAGCUGCUGCAGUCAUUAUUUAGCAAAUGGAAUGGAUGCUGCACAGCGAGUUUAA